GCACUGGAAGUGUGUUGUCUGUUCUGGAUGAUCUGGAGCUGCAUUAUUCACACUGCGGAUUAUUUCCUUAUCUUGUUUUUCCGUGUAUCUGCUUUGGGGUAAGGCCUUAGAUCCUGUGGGAAACCAUUUCUUGCUGGUGGUAGGGGAGGAACCUGACUAAAGAGGAUUCCUGCUCUAUCUUUCCUGAACAUUUAUUUCUCUGCUGUUACUUCCAGAGCCUCCUGAGAUUCUGCUUUGGCACCUCCAGCGUUUGGCCUCUGCUCAGAAUUCCAGAGCUAGAAGCGAAUCUUCCACUCUACACUGCCAUGCAGUAGAUGCUCAAGAAGUGUUUGUUCCUGUCCUGAAUUCCCUGUCUCAGAGAAAGAAGCACCUAACGAAACACAGUAAUAACAAGGAUUAUUCAGUAUGCAGUUGGCAGGAUGUCCAUGGCGACAUUGAAAAUGAAUUCCUUAUUUUCACCAGAUAUAUGAGAAGAUCCAUUUUAAACCGUCUAAAUAUUUUUUCUUCCGUUGGACCAGCAUGGCAGGAUUCAAGCGAGGGUAUGAUGGGAAGAUUGCUGGAUUGUAUGAUCUGGAUAAAACCUUGGGUCGAGGUCAUUUUGCAGUGGUUAAACUUGCCAGGCAUGUCUUUACAGGUGAAAAAGUGGCAGUAAAAGUUAUUGACAAGACAAAAUUGGACAGUCUAGCCACUGGUCAUCUUUUCCAAGAAGUGAGAUGCAUGAAACUAGUGCAGCAUCCCAACAUUGUACGCCUUUACGAAGUUAUUGACACCCAGACCAAACUAUAUCUUAUUCUAGAACUUGGGGAUGGAGGAGACAUGUUCGAUUACAUAAUGAAGCACGAGGAGGGGCUUAAUGAAGACUUGGCCAAGAAGUACUUUGCUCAGAUAGUUCAUGCCAUAUCUUAUUGCCAUAAACUCCAUGUGGUUCACAGAGACUUAAAACCCGAGAACGUGGUCUUCUUUGAAAAACAGGGUCUUGUAAAGUUGACAGACUUUGGUUUCAGCAACAAGUUUCAACCAGGGAAGAAGCUCACUACAAGCUGUGGAUCUCUUGCAUAUUCUGCACCAGAAAUUCUGCUUGGUGAUGAGUAUGAUGCACCUGCGGUAGAUAUAUGGAGUCUGGGAGUGAUCCUUUUCAUGUUGGUGUGUGGGCAGCCACCAUUUCAAGAGGCCAAUGACAGUGAAACAUUGACAAUGAUCAUGGAUUGCAAAUAUACAGUACCAUCCCACGUAUCUAAAGGGUGUAAAGACCUGAUCACAAGGAUGCUACAGAGAGAUCCCAAGAGAAGGGCCUCUUUAGAAGAGAUUGAAAACCAUCCUUGGCUUCAGGGAGUGGACCCUUCCCCAGCCACGAAGUAUAACAUCCCCCUCGUGUCAUAUAAAAACCUCUCGGAAGAGGAGCACAACAGCAUCAUUCAGCGCAUGGUGCUCGGGGACAUAGCGGAUCGGGAUGCCAUUGUCGAAGCCCUGGAAACCAACAGGUAUAACCACAUCACAGCCACUUACUUCUUGCUUGCUGAAAGGAUCCUGAGGGAAAAGCAAGAGAAAGAAAUACAGACCAGGUCUGCAAGCCCUAGCAAUAUCAAGGCCCAGUUUAGGCAGUCAUGGCCAACCAAAAUUGACGUGCCCCAGGACCUUGAGGAUGAUCUCACGGCCACUCCUUUGUCCCACGCGACUGUCCCUCAGUCUCCUGCUCGGGCUGCCGACAGUGUCCUCAACGGCCACAGGAGCAAAGGCCUGUGUGACUCGGCUAAGAAAGACGACCUCCCCGAGUUGGCCGGGCCUGCGCUGUCCACGGGGCCACCCGCCAGCCUGAAACCCGCAGCCAGUGGGCGGAAGUGUCUGUUUCGGGUGGAGGAAGACGAAGAGGAAGACGAGGAGGACAAGAAGCCCAUGUCCCUCUCAACACAGGUGGUUCUGCGCCGCAAGCCAUCCGUGACCAACCGCCUGACGUCCAGGAAGAGCGCCCCGGUGCUCAACCAGAUAUUCGAGGAGGGGGAGUCGGACGACGAGUUCGACAUGGAUGAGAACCUGCCUCCCAAGCUGAGCCGCUUGAAGAUGAACAUUGCUUCUCCGGGGACGGUCCACAAACGCUACCACCGCAGGAAAAGUCAGGGCCGCGGCUCCAGCUGCAGCAGCUCGGAGACCAGCGACGACGACUCGGAGAGCCGCCGGCGGCUGGAUAAAGACAGCGGUUUCACCUACUCCUGGCACCGCCGGGACAGCAGCGAGGGGCCCCCAGGCAGCGAGGGCGACGGCGGCGGCCAGAGCAAGCCGAGCCGCGGCGGCGGGGGCGCGGACAAGGCCAGCCCCAGCGAGCACAGCGCUGGCGGGGGUGGCCCCGCGGGGGGGUCGGGCGGCGCCCCGGGCGGCACGUCAGGGAGUGCCCGCCGCUGCGCCGGCCCCGGCUCCUCCACGUCCACGCAGCUGGCGGCGCGCGGCGCCGGGGAGCUGGUGGAGAGCCUCAAACUCAUGGGCCUCUGCCUCGGCUCCCAGCUGCACGGGAGCGCCAAGUACAUUAUCGACCCGCAGAGCAGCCUGUCGUUCUCCAGCGUGAAGGUCCAGGAGAAGUCCGCCUGGAAGAUGUGCAUCGGCUCCGCAGGCGGUGCGGCGCCCGCCCCAGCCGUGGGCGGCAUGAAGUUCUUCUCCGACCACGUGGCGAACACCACCGUGGAGUUGGACCGGAUAAAGAGCAAGAAUCUGAAAAACAACGUGCUCCAGCUACCUCUGUGCGAAAAGACCAUCUCUGUGAACAUCCAGCGGAACCCCAAGGAGGGGCUGCUGUGCGCCUCCAGCCAGGCCAGCUGCUGCCACGUCAUCUGACCUCGGUGCGCUUCCUGCUCAGAGCGGCGAAGACCGGCUCACUUCACUGGUCCCUUUUCGGUUUUCCUCUUUUAAAGCGGGCAAUUAUUUAUUACUUUUUCAUUUGUUCGCCUGACGACUUGACAAAUGCAUGGUCUUUGUGCAUGCUGCUAGACACUCCUUUUUUCUUCCAGCCGAAAAGUCUUGUGUAAUUUUUACAUUUAUAAUUUUAAUGUGGAUGAUCAGGAUUAAAUUAAAAUGUAUAUUUGGAACCUAAUAUAAAUGGAGCACUUAGAAAUUUGAUGUUCUGCACUUAACCUAGAGAGAGAAAAAAUGAUUUUCCUUGUGAAAAACCUAAAUUCCUGCUCCGACCUUCUGUGACAUGGAACCUCCGUGAUCUGAGGCACACUCUGGUGUCUGAGGCAGAACCAAAGCAAUAACGUCGUGAUGCCAUCAGGCCUGGCGCCCGCGAGCGCGCCGCGUGCCCCCAGAUGCCAGGGCCUGUGCAGAGCUCAGUGAGCGCCUGCACUGACAACCUUAAAACCAUGUUUCAACAUACCCACACCUGUUUGUCUUAAAGCUAUAGGUGAAAACGGUUUGGGCUCUUAAAAUUUAACUGAAAAAGAUUUUCUUGUUUUGUAAUAGGUGAGAUCAAGUACUUAGAUUUAUAAGGCAGCUUCCCCCGUAGAGGUAAAUCACAAGCAGACAAUCUCAUUUUGUAAUGUGAUAAAGUGAACUGAUGAUGUCUUAACUCUGCUUACAGAGUGUGUGUCUGUCUAACAGAACCAAACGAUGCUUGGUGUUCAUUCCUUCCUGGAGGGCACACCCCAGGGUUCCUUUAUAACCACAUAGAUAGAAGAAACUAUAGGGCCUAAUAUAGAAGCAAAGGUGUACCCAGAUGUUGGCCAAGUCAAAACCCCAUAAAUUAAAAAAAAAAAAAGAUUAUUGGCAUUUGAUUUUUAGGAGUUUGAUAAUUAGGUUGUCUCUUGUUAACUUCCAUUCUUUUACGUCUUUUAUUUAGCUCAGCUACCUAUGAAAAUUGGCUGAUUAAAAAAUAUACAUAAAAGGGUAAGAAUUCACACAUAAAGCAAGCAAAAAUGCACAAAGCCUGCUUUGUUUUUUGUUUUGUUUUUUUGCUGGAAGUGUUUUUCACUUUGCCUUCCUGCAAAAACAAUAAUCAAAGAACUUUUGCUUUAAGCUAUUCCUGUACAAAGACUACUUUUGACCAGAUAAUCAUCUUUCGUGGCUUUUAUCUUGUAGGACACAGUAUCAUUUUGGAAGGGACCAGAUGCUACUUUUUCAUGCUGUGCCCAGGGGGUCUUAAAAGCAACACUUAGGGACAGUGGUGAUAGGACGUGGCUGGGCCCCAGGGCCUUCCCACACUCGUCAGCCUCCUGUCGUGUCUCUGCGGUGACAGCUGCCUGGUCCGUAGAGCGGGCAGAGCACCAAAGGACAGCGUUCCACUGGUCACGGUUUCUCCAAGUACACACUGACUCUGCUACUUUAGGACUCAUAUGUUUUACUCAGAACUCUGAAUUUCACAGUAUACUUACUAAACUAAGUAAAGAUGAUAGUCAAAAUACUUAUUUUACUUUCUAGACCUAGGCUAGAUACGUUUUAAGCUACAGCUCUAGUCCAUUGUGAUAUUUAUAAUUGAGAGCUAUGAGGAUAGGUGUGUGGGUGAAGCCAUAGAACAUAUUUGCUUGAAAUUCUUGAGCAGGGAUCUUAUAAAGGGCCAGAAAUAAGAUGUGUGGUUCACAUAGAUAGUGAGCGUAACAUCUGUAUUAAACGUAGGAGAGAAGUUUAUAAAGGGCAUUGGCAAUAAACUCUUUGUUGCAGCUGUUUUCCAAGUAAUGUAAAUACUUUUUCCUGUGAUUAUGUAUAGCCUUGGAAUGGCACCUUUUAACUAACCCAUAUGUGUUUGGUUUUCAAUGGUUUUUUAUAUUCAAAUGUAUAUAUGGUGCUCACUUUUAGGAUCAGCAGUGUUGACCAUUUAUGCUGCAUAGCUGUAUCAUAGCCUUACUAGUUGUGUGUGGUUGGUUGACCCUCUGGGUAUACAAAUGUUAGUCUGAGUGGCGUCUUACUCAUUUGUUCAUAAGUGAAUGAUUGUGCAUGUGUUGUAUGUCAUAGUAUGUCAUCACAUAAAAGGGAGGGAGCAAAUAACCAUUACAUUAAGAUAAUAUUGGACCAAAUGACUUACUUGCUCUAAACAGUUUCUUGUACCCCUUAACCUGUCUUCAGAAGUUGCAUAGUUACAGUAGUGUGUAAAUUAAAUAUUGUGGAAAAACAAUUAGUCUUGUAUUUUUCUGUAUGUGUGUAUAUAUAUAUACAUAUAUAUACAUAUAUAUAUAUAUAUAAAAUGAUGUACUUCUGGCAGUUCUAUCUGUAUUUAAAGUUGUGACAAUCUUGACACUGAUUUUAAGGAUAGCCGUGAGACUGACUCAAAGAUGUCCCUUCCAAGUAAGAAUUGAUGUGUGUUAAGAGGGUACAGAAUUAUCAGCUGAUUUGGUCGGUUGCUUCCACUGCUGGUUGAUACUCCUCGUUGUGUAAACAUUGACAGGUAUGUGACAAAUGGGAAAAAAAAAAAGUCCAGAUAAUAAAGUGGCAUAUCGGUGUUCAGCAAUAUAAACUGUGUCGCAUAUCUUGUUUCUUCUUAUGAAUGCAGCUCUGUAUAGUCCCGGCCUGGGUUAGACCGAAGUUCUACGUGCUGUGUGCGCACCUGCACCACCAGAUGUGACUGAGAAAAUGCAGUCGUGGCUGUUCUCAGUUUAAACUCGUGACCAUAAGUCUCAGGUAUGAAGGAGGUGAUCUCAGCCACGAGGAUGGGAGGCUUUGGUGAGAGCAGAGGCCCAGAGAGAGCAGCCGAGGCCAGAGACAGAAGCCCAGGGGCCGCCUCAAGUGUGGGGCUGAGAGGAGGCAUCAGGGAAACAAGGAGUGGAGGCCACCGAGCGGGAGAGCGACAGGUGAGCCCAAGAACUGCUCACUGAGGCCGUGGUCUCUGAGCAGCAGAGACAGCUCUGAGGCGGAGGAGAACGAGAGGUGGAAGCAGGUCCUGCGGAGGCCUCUCUGAGAAGUGUCGGCAGUGAGGUGGCCGCGGUGAUGGGGAGUGUGUGGGCGGUGCUCUGAGAGCGCCCCGCGGGAAGGGACCGGUAGGCGGGCUGUGGGGCUCAGAAGGGUACAGGGCCUGCCCACAGGCACGGCACUGACCCGACCCCAGAGCCCACCCCUCAGGUUGCCCGGCUGCAUGCGGCGAGGGGAGACAGUGGAUGACCUCUGACCUUCCAGAGGGCUGGGCAAAGCAGUAUUAAAGCACUAGGCUGUGGGUUCACUUUAAACCACACUGGAGCUCUUACAUAACAGAUGUCUGUGCAUCUUGUUACCUUUCUAAUACCUGAAAGAAUUCCAAAUUCUGUGAGACCCCCCCGGUCCUGAGGGAUGCGGACAUGCAGAUGAGAUCACGUCGGGCAGCUCGCUACACCUCGUGAUGGGAAGGCGUUUGGAGUCAGGGGCUGGGACCUGGUCUCACAACACGUCCCAGGGGGUGCCAGCGUGCCGCAGCUUCCCUGGGAGCAGAAUAGGACCGAGGAAGAAGCGUCUCUCGGCCCCGGGAUGCCUGUGGUGUGUUAAGGAGUCGGUACCUUCAGCGUGUUUGUGUAGGAAGCACAGCAAAUACCUGGACCAGUGGGCACACGGUUUAGGUGGGAGUCAGCCCAUCACUGGGUCGGUUCAGGUUAUUAACGCAGAUCCCUGCCUGCAUCCUUCCUUCAGUUGUGGCCCAAAUGCCAGGGGCUGCUCAUCCAGGGCACAGGCAGGGCGCCCUGGCUGGCGGGCAGUCGGGCGGGUCUUGGAAGGCAGUUGUUGGUACCACGCUUGGUCUCCCCGUUUAUUUAGCUGACUCCAUCUGCAAAGAGCCAGCCCUGUGGUGCCAGUUUUCGGCCUUGUGUUCUGGGAUUGGAGGGGCAGAGAU